UCAUUUGCACACAGGUGAGAGUCGCUAUAAGUAAUGAGGUGAGAGCUGUGGUGAGAGCUCAAUUUGAUCUACUUUCAACAGAACUGGUUAGGUGUCACUGUCCAGAAUUGCAAAAUGAGUGCCAAUCUGAAAGGAGCAAUGGUGGACCUCAUUGAUGUGUUCCACAAGUAUUCUGGAAAAGAAGGUGACAAGUACACGCUCACUAAAUUGGAGCUGAAGAAUUUGUUGAAGAAUGAACUUGGAGAGUUUCUGGAAGGCCCCAAUGAUGCUUGCGUGGUGGAGAAGAUUAUGCGUGAACUGGAUGACAAUAAGGAUGGUGUGGUGGAUUUCCAGGAGUUUGUUGGUCUGGUCGCUGCGCUGACUGUCGCCUGCAAUGAAUUCUUUAAAAGUGAUUCCUCUUAAAAAGGGGGGAAAUAAAUGCUUAUUACUAAAUAACUUUUACGGCAGAGUUGGUCAGGGGUUCGGAGGGUUCAAUCAUUUUGGACACUAGAAUGUUGCAGAAGAUCCACUACUGCUAAUAAAUGUUUUUGUUCUGUCCUUGGAAAUGCUUCCAUCCAAUAAAAGUAAUUAAAUGUG